AUGGCGAGCCGCCGGCCAUCGACCCUUACGAGACGCUGGGUCUCGAGCGGGAGGCUACUGCCGACCAGCGCAGCCCCCAGGGCCAGCCUCAAGCUGCGUACACGCGCUGACUGGAGCCCAACAGACAAGGUCCCCGAAGACAAAAAGUCCGAGGCCAACGAAAAGUUCCAGUCCAUCGCCUUCGCCUAUGCCAUCCUCUCUGAUCCUGCGCGCCGCAAGCGCUACGACACGACCGGCUCGACCUCCGAAUCCAUCGUCGACGCCGACGGCUUCAACUGGUCCGACUUCUACCGUGAGCAGUUCCGCGAUUCCAUCUCGGCAGAUGCCAUUGAGAAGUUCGCCGCCAAGUACAAGGGCUCCGACGAGGAGAAGGAUGACGUGCUCGUGGCGUACGAGGAGCACAAGGGCAAGAUGGACCAGGUUUACGAAUCAGUCAUGCUGAGCGACGUGCUCGAGGACGAUGAGCGUUUCCGCUCCAUCAUCGAUGCGGCUAUCAAGUCGGGAGAUGUACCACCCUUCACGGCCUACACGAAGGAGAGCGCCAAGUCCAAAGCGGCGCGGGUCAAGGCCGCGAAGGCUGAGGGGCAGGGGGCUGAGGAAUACGCAAAGGAGCUGGGCGUACACGACAAGCUGUUUGGCAACAAGAAGAAGGGCAAGAAGAACAAGAAGGACGAUGAGAUGGAUCUGGCUGCGUUGAUCCAGCAGAACCAGGCGAAGCGGGCCAACUUUCUCCAGGACCUCGAGGCCAAGUACGCAGCGCCGAGCAAGACGAAGACGGGCAAGAAGAGGGUUGUUGAGGAGGAGCCAUCGGAGGAGGCUUUCCAGGCGGCGGCUGCGAGGCUCAAGAAAGCCAAGGCCUCUGAGUCAAGUAGGCCAACAAGGAGCUCCAAGAAAUGA